AUGAAGUUGUUGCUAUCAAGGAAUAUGCCUUUCAACAUGGAGAGGUUGACGAGGGAAGGCAAUGCGUUGGAGAGGAAGUUACCCUGGCGGGAGAGCGAGGUGAGUUGGGAGAGGGAAUUUAGAUUCAGUGGUAGCGUUUCGGUGUUUGAGAGCGAUGAAGUUGGAGGGGUCGAGAUUGGGACCGGAGAUGGUGUUCUCGAGCUUGGUGAAGGGGAGGAUGGUGAGGACCUUAUCGUCGGCGGUGAUGCGGGUGGCGAGGCGGAAUACUACAAUCUUCUUCUCAUUAAAUUUGCCUUACGGGACUUCAACUUCAAUCUUGUUGCAUGCGACUUCAACCUCUAUUCAUCGUUUUUCUCUCAAAUCUUUUUUGUUUUUGUGAUUUCAACCACUCACAAGGAAGGCUACGAGAGAAAGGUCACGACGAUUGAUGGAUUGAUUGGACUCUGGGAGAGCAGCACAGGCAUCAAGUUGCAGAAGCAGAGAGACAGGUAUCAAUUAUCAUAA